CAGAAGCAGCCCAGCUCCAGCCUCCCAGCUUCCAGCUGCCGCCUGCUUCUCAGACCUGACGGAAUCAGAAGGUUAGAGCUACUACUGCUGCCCCUGUGCUUCCUCAGGAUGGUGCUGGGGCUUCCUGCCUAAGUCCAAAGCUGUUUAGCGGGUCUCUUGGUGUCUCUGGACCCUUGGAACCGGCAGCCAUGAAUCUGUGUUGGAAUGAAAUUAAAAAGAAGUCUCACAACCUCCGUGCUCGCCUAGAGGCCUUUUCAGACCACAGUGGAAAGCUUCAGCUCCCUCUCCAAGAGAUUAUUGACUGGCUCAGCCAAAAGGAUGAAGAGUUGUCAGCUCAGCUGCCCUUACAAGGGGAUGUGGCCCUGGUGCAACAGGAGAAGGAAACACAUGCGGCCUUUAUGGAAGAAGUUAAAUCUCGGGGCCCCUAUAUCUACUCCGUGCUAGAGUCGGCUCAGGCUUUUCUGUCCCAGCACCCAUUUGAAGAAUUAGAGGAGCCUCGUUCAGAGCGUAAAGAUAACUCCCCCAGACAACAGAUUCAGAAUCUUAGCCGCUUUGUAUGGAAGCAGGCGACAGUUGCUAGUGAACUAUGGGAAAAACUCACAGCACGCUGUGUAGACCAGCACCGUCACAUUGAGCGUACUCUGGAGCAGCUGUUGGAGAUCCAAGGGGCAAUGGAAGAAUUAAGUACUACUCUGACCCAGACUGAAGGAGUGCGAGCUACGUGGGAGCCCAUUGGGGAUCUCUUCAUUGAUUCACUCCCUGAACACAUCCAGGGUCUUAAGCUAUUUAAAGAAGAAUUCUCUCCCAUGAAAGAUGGAGUCAAGUUGGUGAAUGAUUUGGCCCACCAACUUGCUAUAUCUGAUGUACAUUUAUCAAUGGAAAAUUCUCGGGCUCUGGAGCAGAUCAACACCCGGUGGAAACAGCUACAGGUUUCAGUUAGUGAGAGGCUUAAGCAGCUCCAGGAUGCCCACCGAGACUUUGGGCCAGGUUCUCAGCACUUCCUCUCCUCCUCCGUCCAGGUUCCCUGGGAAAGAGCAAUUUCACCUAACAAAGUCCCCUACUACAUCAACCACCAAGCCCAGACUACUUGCUGGGACCAUCCCAAGAUGACCGAGUUAUACCAAACCCUAGCUGAUCUGAACAACAUUAAGUUCUCAGCUUAUCGUACUGCCAUGAAGCUACGCAGAGUCCAGAAGGCACUACGCUUGGACCUUGUAACUUUAACUACAGCAUUGGAUAUCUUCAGUGAGCAUGAUCUGCAGGCCAGUGAACAUGUAAUGGAUGUAGUGGAAGUCAUUCAUUGCCUCACUGCCUUAUAUGAACGACUGGAGGAGGAAAGAGGCAUCUUGGUCAAUGUGCCACUCUGUGUGGACAUGAGUCUCAACUGGCUCCUUAAUGUUUUUGAUAGUGGUCGCAGUGGAAAGAUGCGAGCAUUGUCCUUUAAGACUGGCAUUGCAUGCCUGUGCGGCACAGAAGUGAAGGAAAAACUUCAGUACCUCUUCAGCCAAGUGGCCAACUCAGGCAGCCAGUGUGAUCAACGACACCUCAGUGUCCUGCUUCAUGAGGCCAUUCAGGUGCCCCGUCAGCUGGGCGAAGUAGCAGCCUUUGGAGGCAGCAAUGUGGAACCCAGUGUCCGUAGUUGCUUUCGUUUUAGCACUGGAAAGCCAGUCAUUGAAGCUUCCCAGUUCUUGGAGUGGGUCAACUUGGAGCCCCAGUCAAUGGUGUGGUUGGCUGUUUUGCAUCGAGUCACCAUUGCUGAACAAGUGAAACACCAGACCAAGUGCUCUAUCUGUAGGCAAUGCCCAAUCAAAGGCUUCAGGUAUCGGAGUCUGAAACAAUUUAAUGUGGACAUCUGCCAGACCUGCUUUUUGACAGGCAGGGCCAGCAAAGGCAACAAGUUGCACUACCCCAUCAUGGAAUAUUACACCCCGACCACAUCCAGCGAGAACAUGAGGGAUUUUGCCACAACUUUAAAGAACAAAUUUCGCUCAAAACAUUAUUUCAGCAAACACCCUCAGCGAGGUUAUCUGCCAGUGCAAUCAGUACUGGAGGCUGACUACAGUGAGACGCCGACUUCUUCCCCGAUGUUACCACACGCUGAUACACACUCCCGAAUUGAGCAUUUUGCCAGCAGGCUUGCUGAGAUGGAAAGUCAAAAUUGCUCCUUCUUUAAUGACAGCCUGUCUCCAGAUGACAGCAUAGAUGAGGACCAGUACCUACUACGGCACUCCAGCCCCAUCACAGACCGGGAGCCAGCCUUUGGACAGCAGGCCCCAGGCGGCAUGGCCACAGAAAGCAAGGGGGAGCUAGAGAAAAUCCUGGCUCAUUUAGAAGAUGAGAACCGGAUUCUCCAGGGAGAACUGAGGCGCCUCAAGUGGCAGCAUGAGGAGGCUGCUGAGGCACCCACCCUGACGGAGAGCUCUGCCGACACAGCUCAUGACCACCGCAAUGAGGAGCUUCUGGCCGAGGCCAGGAUCCUUCGACAACACAAGAGCCGCCUGGAGACACGCAUGCAGAUCCUUGAAGACCACAACAAGCAACUGGAAUCCCAGUUGCAGCGCUUAAGGGAGCUACUCCUGCAGCCAUCCACUGAAUCAGAUGGCAACGGCUCUGCAGGCUCGUCCUUAGCUUCCUCUCCACAGCAGUCAGAAGGCAGUCACCCUCAGGAGGAAGAACAGACUACCCCAGACACAGAGGCUGCAGAUGACGUGGGGUCAAAGAGCAAAGAUGUCAGCUUGUGCUUGGAAGACAUCAUGGAGAAGCUUCGCCAUGCCUUUCCCAGUGUGCGAAGUUCUGAUGUGACUGCCAACACCCUACUGGCCUCUUGAUAGACCCAGAUCCCCAUUCCAUAAUCCUUGCCUCUCUUCUGGUUCUGGUCAAAGCCUUCCCUUGGUCUUUACCCAAUCUUUCAAUUU